CCCAGCCCCGUGUCCCGCCGGUCCGUUCCUCCGCGGGGCCCGGCGGGUGCGGGAGCCGGCGCCGGCCCUGGCCCUGACGGAGCUUCCUCGUCACGCCCGCCUCCUUUUCCUCGCUGCCUUCCCGCCGGAGGCGCCGCUGUGCCGGGGAGCCCCUGCCAGAAAAUGUUGCUGUCCUGAAGUCAUGAAGAGAGGAGGAAGCAAAUUUGUCUGGAAAAGUAGGAACUUCUCAACUUUUCAGUGAGAUUUAUUGCCAGUGGCUGCGGAAAGUUUUGCAAAGUCAACCAUUGGCAUUGGAAUGGAUGAAAAGCCUCAAACUUAAGUGAAUGAUCCUUGCUCUAACCAGCAGCCACACUAAGUGAACAGAGCAGAAACAUAUGGAUGAAAUUUUUACCAUGCACUGAACAGCACAGCACCAAGUGCAAAGCUCUGGGAAGAUGUCUGCUUGCAACGCUUUCACUGAACACGUCUGGAAACCUGGUGAAUGUAAGAACUGCUUCAAGCCCAAAAGCUUGCAUCAGUUAAACCCAGUGUCUGAAAAAAAACCCCUCGCACAUGGCGAGCUGAAAUCCAAUGCAAACCAAAGUAACAGCCAUCGGGGGAGAAAUACAGGGAAUUUCCGACCACCUGUGGCAAAGAAACCCACGAUAGCUGUGAAGCCCACCAUGAUGGUGGUGGAUGGGCAAGCUGUGUGUGGAGAAAUCAGCACACGGGAUUGUUUCGAGAAUAAAUCGGUGCCUGCAGGUUGGAACCGAAACAAAACUGUCUUGAACAAAAAACCACUGAACAAUAAUAAUAAUAAUGAAGAUGGGAUUGAAGGUUAUAGCCAUGUUCCUAGGCCUUAUGGCAACAAGGAUGGUGUAGGCAAGAUACCAAAUAAUAAUAAUAAUGGACUGACAGAAGUUUUGAAGGAGAUUGUGGGCUUGGAUACCACACCUCAGCUAACUGGAAAUGAAAUGAACUCAAGAGAAACUUUCUUGGGCAGAAUAAACGAUUGCUAUAAAAGAUCAUUAGAGAGAAAGAUCCCUCCAAGCUGCAUGAUGGGUGGAAUGAAGGAUUCACAUGGUAAGCAUGUUAUUCUGAGUGGAAGCACUGAAGUAAUAAGUAAUGAAGGUGGACGUUUCUGUUAUCCAGAGUUCUCUAGUGGAGAUGAGAGUGAGGAUGACACGUUUUUUGGCAGCAUGCAAGAAGAGCAUGAGAGCUGGGACGAAAGUGAUGAAGAGUUGCUAGCAAUGGAAAUUCGUAUGAGGGGCCAACCUCGCUUUGCUAAUUUUAGAGCUAACACCCUAUCUCCUGUUCAGUUCUGCGUCGACAAAAAAUGGAACACUGUGCCCCUUCGCAACAAGUCUCUGCAGCGGAUCUGUGCAGUGGAUUAUGACGACAGCUACGAUGAAAUUUUAAAUGGUUAUGGGGAAGAGGCUGUGAUUCUUUAUGGGCAAGAGAGCAUGCAGAGCAUGGUAUCUUCUGAUUCUACGUCACCUGAUUCUUCUUUGACAGAAGAGUCUCAUUCUGGAACAACCAGCAGUUCUUCACAGAAGCUCUGUAAUGGAGGGUUAUCUCCCAGUACUCCUCAGGACCUCAAAUUGGUUGAACCAGAAUAUGAAAGCCUAUGUGACAACCAAGAAGUGAAGGAUGUGUCAAAAGUUCCCAAAAAUGUUCCGAAAAGUCUAGAAACUCACAAGACAGUCCUUGCACUUCGACUGGAAGAGAAGGAUGGCAAAAUUGCUGUGCAGACUGAUAAGCAAGAGAAUAAAAGUUCUUCAGAUGUUGCGGGUCAAGCUGUAACUAUAAAUUUGGUGCCUGUGGAAGAACAAGCAAAACCUUACAGGGUGGUGAACAUGGAACAACCAGUUUGCAAGCCAUAUACCAUAGUAGAUGUAUCAGCUGCCAUGACCAAUGAAUGUAAGGAGAAUCAGACUGAAACCUCAGAAACCAAAAAUACAUCAUCUAACCCAAGCUCACCAGUGACUCCAGGCACACCUAUUACAACCUCUGCAGCAUCACCUGUACGAGUAAAUGCAAACCUGAAAAAAUCCAGUGCAAUCAGAUAUCAAGAAGUGUGGACUUCUAGUACUAGUCCAAGACAGAAGAUACCUAAGGUGGAGUUAAUCUCCAGCAACUCAGGACCUUCUGUUCCUCCCAGAAAGGCAACCCACAAAUCAGCUCCGACUUCACCUACAGCUACCAACGUUUCUUCAAAAACUAUCCCAGUUAAGUCUCCCAACUUAUCAGAGAUAAAAUUCAACAGCUACAACAAUGCUGGCAUGCCACCUUUUCCAAUUAUCAUUCAUGAUGAGCCCACUUAUGCUAAGAGUUCCAAAAACGCCAUUAAAGUUCCUAUUGUAAUCAACCCCAAUGCUUACGAUAACCUGGCUAUCUAUAAAAGUUUUCUAGGGACCAGCGGAGAGCUCUCCAUCAAAGAUAAGACUACAAGUGUAAUAAGCCACACAUAUGAAGAAAUAGAAACAGAAAGCAAGAUGGCUGAAGCCAUAGGAAGUCAACCCACAGAUUUUUCCCAAGCGAAGGGGGUGACUAAUAGCUCUGAAUGCAGGCUGGGUUCUGUGGCUCAGAAGGUCCAAGAGUUUAAUAGCUGUCUCAGUAAAAGUCAGAUAUCUCCACAGAGGAGUCAUAGUUCAGACCACAGCUCCCCAUCAAGAGUUCAAAAGACAACACAAGAGCCUGCAGCAAAAAUAGAUGUAACCCCAGAGGCUUCUGUUGGCAGCAGCAGCGGUCGGGAGAAUGCAAGCACUGUGCUCUCCCAGAUUGUGGCUUCUAUCCAGCCUCCACAAUCUCCUCCCGAAACACCUCAGUCUGGACCCAAGCCUUGUAGCAUAGAAGAACUGUACUCCUUACCCCCCGAUGGAGACUCUACUAGCAACACCCUGGUGCGACCCAAAUCUCUGUUUACCUCGCAGUCUGACACGGAGUCGUCCAAGCCAGUGGAAAACUGUGCUAUUAAAAUCCCGAAAGAGUCACUUUCCCAGCCAGUUGCUACUCCCUCUCCAAAGCCAGCGAGAGCCACCCCAAACACCACAAGUCCCAAAACAGAGCAAGCACCGCCAUUUCCUCCUCCACGGUCCACUUCUUCCCCUUAUCAUGCCAGCAACUUGUUGCAAAGGCAUUUUGGCAAUUGGGCCAAACCAAACAGCCCCACCAGGUCAACAGAGGCAGAGUCCAUCCUGCACUCGGAAGGUCGGCGAGCGGCUGAUGCAAAACCCAAGCGCUGGAUCUCCUUUAAGAGCUUCUUCCGUCGCAGGAAAGCUGAUGAUGAGGAAGACAAAGAGAAAGAAAGAGAGAAAGGAAAAUUGGUGGGUCUCGAUGGAACUGUUAUACAUAUGCUCCCCCCUCCUCCGGUUCAACGUCAUCACUGGUUCAGUGAGGCAAAGUCAGACUCCAGUGAGAAGCCGUCGAUUGUUUUCAUGUACAGAUGUGAACUGGCACAAGAUGAACCAAAGGCUGACUAUCAAAACAAGAGUGGAGCAGAGGCUGCUGCUGCUGAUGCACUAGCAAAAGACCAAGGAGAAACAGAGGAAAAGUCUCCACAGAGCUCCGAGCAGAAAAUAGCAAGCCAUUCAUCACCACCUCAGAUGCCUAAGAAAAUCCCCAGCACAUCAGAACACUGUGGAAUCAAUGGCUCGCCAGAGUUUCAAGACAUGAUUAAAAGACUCAAGAAGGCCCUGAAAGAAUUUCCUUUAAUGGGGAAUUGUGUGAGUGAGUACAGUGGUCAAGUGCCUGAUGAUACCACCCUGGAGGAGUUGUCCCCUCGUGUUCCCAGAGCUGUGUUUGUGAAGCAGGACAAUGGUGGCUGUGCCUCUGUCAUCCCCGUGUCAUCUGUCCGUGUCCCACAGGGGGAGGAAGAAAAUGAAGAAGCUUCAAAUUCUCCUGACUUAAAUCCUUGCAGUGCUACGUACAGCAAUUUAGGACAGUCUAGAGCAGCCAUGAUACCUCCAAAACAGCCAAGGCAACCCAAGGGAGCUUUGGAUGAUGCCAUUGCCUUUGGAGGACUAGCAGACCAGGAGACAAUGAGCAACCUACAGCCAACACCACCUCCACUGCCAAAGAAAACUAUUCUGAGAGCUAACACAGAGCCAACUGCCAGAGAGCUCCAGAAGCAGGCUCUGGAGAGCAACCUGUGCAUUGUGGCCAACCCCACCUACGACAUCGACACCAACUGGGAAGCAAGCAGUGCCUGCUCUUCCGUCAGCCUGGAGCUCAAGAUACUGGACAAUGAGUCGGGAGAUUCCUUGGACAGGCCUACAGAAAAACUAAGGGCAACCACCUCAGCAACUAACAGUGUUUCCAGCCUAACCACUAUCAGUAUUAAGGAUCGCUGCUCCAACAGCAUGGAGUCACUCACAGGGAGACGCCUCUUGCAAACGAAGCAGGGCAAAGGUGCCCAGAAGCCCCAGAGACAAGCACUUUAUCGAGGAAUUGAAAACAGGGAAGAGGUGGUAGGUAAAAUCCGAAGCCUUCACACUGAUUCUCUGAAGAAGCUGGCACUUAAAUGUGAAGAUUUGUUCAUGGCUGGGCAAAAGGACCAGCUGCGAUUCGGGGUGGACAGCUGGUCAGAUUUCCGACUCACCAGUGACAAGCCGUGCUGCGAGGCAGGGGAUGCAGUCUACUACCCAGCUUCCUAUGCUAAGGAUCCUCUCAACAAUUAUGCAGUCAAGAUUUGUAAGAGCAAAGCUAAGGAAUCCCAGCAGUAUUAUCACAGCCUCUCCAUCCGGCAGAGUCUGGCUAUCAACUUUAACAUCCAGCAGGACUGUGGCCAUUUCCUUGCUGAAGUUCCUGUUCGUCUCCUUCCAUGGGAGGAUGCUGAUGCAGCAGAGGUGGAAGAAGAUGAGGAGAAAGAGCCUGAAGAAAAGAACAGAGAUGCUCUUUCUAAUACAGAGGCUUCACAGAAAGACAGCUCAAGCAACCAGGGGACAAUCAGCAAGCCACGCAGCCGCGUUGUGGUCAUCACACGGGAGGUCCCAUACUUAACAGUGGCCGAUUUCGUGCGAGAAUCCGUGCCCCGCCAUGCAAAGAGCCCGGAUCUGUAUGAGAGACAGGUCUGUCUGCUCCUCUUACAGCUCUGCUUGGGCCUGGAGCACCUGAAACCAUAUCAUAUCACACACUGCGAUCUGCGAUUAGAGAACCUGCUGCUGGUCCAUUCCAGACCAGGAGGCAGCCCUCUGAGCUCCGAGUCCACGGAACCCAGUCCCAACAGUGCUUGUCCAGCCAGAUUAAUAGUGAGCAAUUUCUCCCAGGCCAAGCAGAAGAGUCACAUGGUAGAUCCUGAGGUCCUGCGUGAUCAGUCCCGCCUGGCUCCAGAAAUCAUCACUGCAACACAGUACAAAAAGUGUGAUGAGUUCCAGACUGGUAUCCUCAUCUAUGAAAUGCUGCACUUACCCAAUCCCUUUGAUGAGAAUCCAGAGCUGAAAGAGAAGGAGUACACUCGUGCUGAUCUCCCCAAGAUUCCUUGCCGUUCCCUCUAUUCUCAAGGGCUUCAACAACUUGCCAGCUGCCUGCUGAAUCCCAAUCCUUCAGAGAGGAUCCUCAUAUCAGAAGCCAAGGGAGUCCUUCAGUGUUUGCUUUGGGGUCCACGUGAGGACUUGUUCCAUGCUCUAAGUACCUCUUCCAACCCUUCACGUAGAGAUGCUGUACUUCAGAACUGGCUGGAUAUAAAAAGGACGCUGCUGAUGAUAAAGUUUGCAGAGAAGUCCUUCGACAGGGACUGUGGGAUUUUUCUGGAAGACUGGCUUUGUUGUCAGUACCUGGCUUUUGCCACUAUAGACUCACUUCGUCGCAUUGUGAGAAUCAUGCAGCAGCACUAGUUUGCAGAGCCUGUUGCUUUUCAUGAAGCACCCUCCACCUCAGCCCUUGCCCCCAGCCUGCCCUGGGGCUCACACUUUGUACAAGUGUUAGAAAGUGGCACAAAUAUCAAAGCCAGCAACACUGAGCAAAUUUAAAAGGAGGAAUUGCAUCCUGUACCAGGAUGACUGCGUUUGGGUCAGACAGUAGUAUAUAACUUGAUUAAUAUCUGGCUCAAAAGAAGAGCAAAUCUUUAUACCACUAUUUCUACCACUGCAGUAAACAAAUCGCCCUCCUCUUCUGGGUAGUUUCUGUCAUUUCCAAAUGUAGCAUUGGUUAGUGAAUAGCAGUGACCACAAACAGAGAUGGAUUACUUGUAAACGUGAGAUGAAUGAUCCACCACGCCACAAAACAUUCAUUUGCUUACACUCUACAUACCAAGUAAAAUUUUCUCUCAGUUUAGUCCCCCAGAGGCAAGCUGGGCUCCUGUUUCCUUUGGUGUCAACCAAACCAAUUCAGAUCCUUCUGUUACUCUUUAUGGGUUCUUGUUUCUUUCCCCAGAUGUGGUUAUGCUGCUGACUGUGCCAAGUGUCAGUGGACAGUAAGCAUCUGUGUUCAGUCCUCUUCCCUGCUUCUCUGACACACUGCCUGCCCAGAUCCCUUCUCACCACAGAUCCAUAAUGUCAACAGUGCUGCCUUAAUCAGGCCAUUUCCCUUAAUUUAAGACCUCUGCCUUAAAAAGCAGAAUAUGCACACGUUGUCUAUCCCAUUUGCUACAUGGCAUUCAGCAGUCUGGACUGUUGAUGCACUGUAGCUACAACGACAUAAAUACAAGGACAAUACAACACAUGGUGGACAAUUGAAAUUCCCCUUCCAUUGAAAAAAGGAACUUAAGCCCCAUUUGAAAUGGAUAGGACAUUCAUAACCUUUGCUGACAAUCACUGCUCUGAAUCAGGGAAGAAAAUAACAGCCACCCCAUCUGUUUUAUUUUGGUUUUUCUUGUCACUUCUGCCAUAUUGCAAAGUGGGACUGAAAUUGGCUUUGUUGGCAGGAGACAGAUAUGUUUAGAGCUUGUCUGUGUGUAGCUAACAGGCCACAUGGAGAUGGUUUUACUGCAGACACAGCUUUCUGAAGGAUAAAAACAAGGGGGCAAAAACACUGUUGUUUCAUUACUGAAGGAGCUGUUAAGUUUGGCAGCCAUAACUAAAAGUAUCAUGAUCCUUUUUUCCCACAGCAGUGCUUGGCUGCAUUUAUCUUGUCUGCUGUAAGGAAUGUUUUCUGAUGUUGCCAUAGACAACACCCUACAGAUGGAAUGUUGUCAGAACAGCUUGAAGAGCAUCGCAGACAGAGGUUUGGACUUGAGGUUUUCACUUUUGGAGGCCAUUGCUGACUUCUUUCCCUUCCAGUGGAACCUCUGCAGUUGUACAGGCAGAAUCUUUGCUCAAUAUUGCUGGGCUCUGACUUGUUUCCUGAAUCACUUGGAAGAAUUGAUCUGGAGGCAGGGAAAUGUGAUACCAGAGAUUCUGACCCGGGUGAUGGAAAGCAGACAGCCCUAGUUACAAGCCUGUGCUUCUCUUCUAUGGAUCUAUGUGCAAUUCUUGUAUGUAUUUUUUAAAGCUGUAUAUUACAGUGUUCACUUUACACACCAGCCUUUACCUGAUGCUAGAUCUGCAGCCCCUUCCUUUAUUUUCCUGGCACAUAAAUGCACAGAUUUCCAUGUGUUCUUUUUAUGGAUUGAUGUUUUGGUUUAAUUGUUAAAACUGUGAGGAAUCAAUUCACUUCAGCCUUGAAACAAAUAGCCACUUUAUACAGCAUAUGCAUGCUUGGGCCAGAUAACAAACAGUCCUGCAGGCUUAAAGUCAGCAAAACCAGCUCUGGAUCCACACCAUAUGUUUGGAGGGGUUGGAAUGUCUAUAUUAUUCUUUGCUGGCACCUAUCAGAGCUAAGCUGAACAGUGUGUGGAAGCCUACAGUGAUUGUGCCAUGGUAUAUAGACUGUCUUUGUGACCUUUCUAAAGAUUUUUUUUAAAAAAUUCUGGUUAUUAUUAUUGUGUUUGAUUCACCUGUAUCAGUGAAGGAUCAGGCAAGGAUAAGGAUAAUAUAUUUUAAUGUGAUAUAUUUUUUUCUUUCUCUUUUUGGCAAAAAGGUUAGGAUGGCAGCAUUGAUGCAGAAAAAUAGGAUGGUGCAUUAAAAGCCCAAGUGCAAUGUAUGUAGUUGAGGUACUUCCACUACAUCAGGAAAGAAAGUGUCUACACUACUGCUGACCAGCUCGUAGGAGAAGCCCUUAUCAAGAAUCACACAUUCAGUGCAGCCCUGCUUUGUCUGGACACAGGAGGGCACAGCUCCCAUUGCUUAAAUCCACCGAGCAUGACAAGUCACUGGCAUGCUGCCUGCUAGCUGUGAGUCCCCGUGUGCUGAGCUACAGGUACAGGUAGGGCUUCUUGUUCUCUGUGCUCUGGUUUUGUGUUUGUUUUGUUGCACGUGUGCACAGGUAACUUCUCACCCAGCUCAUGGGCUGUACAGGCAGCUCCUGGGCCGCUGCAGGGGGUUGUUUCCUGGUGCCAGUAGGUGUGUCUGUGUUUAGGGACUUGUGUUCUCAGUGUCACUUUCAUGUCAACAUGCACAUGCAAAGUUGAAUUCUAAAUGUUUUACAGCCAUAUGUAUUUAAUGCAGCUGGUCCAAAGCCUUUGUAUCUCUAGCUAUUUCAUUUCAGUUUGUAUCUUCUGUGAUGAACUCAUUUUAGUUCUGCAGUGUACUCAAGCAUGGAUGUUCAUUACCAAUCUCUUUCUUGUGCAGCACUGGGUAAACUUUAGCAAUUUGUAAUGUUGUGUAUUUCUUUUCUUUAGAAAACGAAUGAAUGGUAAAAAUAGUCGAACACAAGGUGGCCUGAGCUAUUCCUUGGGGAGCUUGAGGCUGACUUUUGCCCAUAACUGAUGAUUGUAACUGUGUUUGUGGUGGUUCUCCAUCCUGGCAAUAGAUUGUGCCACAUAAAUACCUGAGAAUGUAUGCAUUAAACUUGAUUGUAAACAACUGCUAAGAAUGCUACAGCAUAAUUGCUAAGCAAAAGGAAAAAAACCCGCUCUGUCUGUAACUGGGAUCCUGUGUAUGACAGGAGCAAACCCCCUGGCUGUGCACGUUAUAACCUACUGCAAUACGUGCACAUAUCUUGAAUUAUUUUUUUUUAGCAAUGUCGCACUUUCAGUUGAGCUCAAGACCUAGGAAGAGCUGCAAAUCUAAGAUAACAGUAUUGACUGUAAAUAUAUAUUUUUCUAUUAAUAAAAAGCUGUCAUUCAAAUAUUUUUAACAUUAAAGAUUUUUCCUGUGGAAACUAAUUUCUGGAAAAAUCGAAUGCUUGUUUGAAGAAUUGUGAUGAGUGGUUUCUGAUCCUGUUAGAGCCAUUAAAACCCUCUCUAAUCUUACAGAGAGAGCACAGUGAUUGGAUUCACAAUGUUUAGUGCCUUGUCAAAAAACUAGAAUGUAGCUGGUGAGUUGGUGGAAACCUUACUCUUUUCAAAAUAGCCCUAGAAAUAAUACUGCCCACACUGAGAUGCAAAAGACUACAAAAUCAAAUGUUGUGCUUUGUAUGAUACUGAGUGAGUCUAGAUUUGCUUUUGGAGUUUAUGUGAAUGAGUUUCUUUAAGUUGCUUCUAGUCCAGCAUAGACAGGAAGUAACAAACUCGUGGGCUUUCAAAUUUGGGAUCUUCACAGGGAGAUUAAUAGUGGAUUAACAAGUCACUUGGUCUAGACAGACCACAGCAUCAAAAGAAACCUAUUGCUUUUGACAAUCUACUGCAGACACUCAGCUUCUAGAUGAGGAAUUUUACUAGUCUGGAAGAAGCAGGGAAGGUUAAGAUGUGCUGCUCAUGGGCAGUGGAUGUGCUGCACACUGUGCUCAACAGUGUGAAUUGCAAACCUCUGCUAAGACAGGAGUUCUGAAGAACUGUUCCUGAGAUGUUAAGGAGAAUUUUUUUUUUUUUUUUUUAUUCCUUAAAUGGAAAUUUUUCAAACCUGAGAUCUGAUCUAGUCACUACACAUCACCAGGUGUAUACAAACAGAACCUACUAAUGAAAACUUGCCUACAAAAUUUUAAGAAUGAGGGAAUCCAGAAUUUUAUUCCAGAGCCUCUGGAAUGGUCAAAUAUAGAAGCCUGGUCUCACUUCAAUAUUCAGACACAAUGAAAUCAGUAACUUAAGGUAAGGUAAUGUAUCGUGUUGCUGGCCUACAGACAAGAAUGCCUUUAGCAUUUACAAGAUGUUCCUCCUUAAAUCCUUUAUGCUCCACACAUCCCAGCAGUACCCACAAGGUAUGAACUGAUCACCCUGAUAUUUUCAUACAGGGGAAUUCCCACACUAGAGAGAAAGAUACAUUAUUUAAAUAAUGACAUGUGUUAGGGUUAAGCUACUUGGAGAAUUUAUUCAGCAGCUUCACAUUGAAGGUCCUUUAGCAUGUAGAAAUAGCUUUUGCUGCUGAAAUAAAAUAUAUCUGUUUCUCAGUUCUUGUGCUGAGAUGCCCCAAUUAAUUUUUUUUUUUUUUUUUUUAUAAUAGUUAAGUUAAUUUGUAAAUAUAAGUUAAAUAGUACUGGUUUUAUUUAAUUCAAUACUAACUUUUCUGGGGGAUGUAAUGGAAACUGAAUCAGAUAUUUUCAUGCACUUUCCUUCCCCCCUUGCCCCAAGUAGGAAGUGAGCUGCUUCUCUGUGGAAACACUACAUGACCCUUAUUCCCUGCAGGACUGUGCCAUCUAUUUUACUCUGAUUUUGAAGAGGUGGUAUUGGUUCUAACAUACCUCCCAUAAAACCUAGAGCAGAAUUAGAGCCCUUCAGCCCUUUAGAGAGAGAUGUGAUGAUGAUUCAGUUAUGCAGGAAGGUAACAUCAAAGGAGUGCAGAACCAAAUUUUAACCAUCUCUAUAAAAGGUACCUGUGGAAAUAUUGUCAACAAUCAUUUCAAUUCCAAAGACUUCAAGGGAGGAAUACAGAAAAACUACUUUUCAGAAAAAAAUACUGGGGAGGGUUUCAACUCCAAAAGGAAGAGCAAGUUUUUCCCACUGGUGCAUUGCAGAAUAGACAUUUUUAUGGGUUUUAUUAUUCACCUGGAUGUAGUAUUAGAAGGAUGGAGAGUUUGAACAGAUGUAGAAUGUAAUUUAAAUAAUUUUCCUGUAAGUCUUCUUGCAUUGGUGCUCCACUUAGCAUUUAGCUGGAAACUACAGAAUGCUUUCAGAUCAAACAGAGUUGCCAGUGGAAAAUUAAAUGCCCAUCUUAUCUGGACACAAGCAUUUUGCCACUCUACAGAUUUUGAGAAUUUGGUUUGUACUUCAGACUAUAAAGAUUUUUUUUUUCAUGAAUCCAAGGGGAAGAUUUAGGGGAUUUAGAAGAGGCUGAAACCCUUUUUAUAUGGAAGAGAUUCAUUCAUAUAUAUAUAUAUAUAUAUACACACAAAUGCACAUAUAUAUAUAUAUAUAUAUGAGGGCGUGUGGGCAUGUUUUAAUAUAUAUGUAUAUUAAUUUUUGUAUCGAAAGUAUUUUUGCCCCUUUUUGCUUGAAAAUAUAUAUAUUAUAUAUUGUAUAUAUAAUAUAUAUUUAAGAGUGUGUAAAGUUGAAUAUAGUCAUUUCACAAAUAACACCUCUUCAAAAGUUACUCAGAACUUAUGUUUCUUUGUCCUUGGGCUUGUUGGUAUUAGAAGGUUUUGCAGUUGAAAUCCUUGGGUUUUUUUCUUUUAAAACUAAUUAUGCUGAGCAUUUAAGAAUAUGUUGUUGUUUUUAAUAAAAGGGGUAAGCUUCUUUUUAAAUUAAGGAUUCCAGAAUUGAUGGACUUUUAUAAAUGGGGUUUCUUUAAGUCCUUUGACUAGGGGUUUGUUUGGUUUUUUUUAAUCUCAACUCCAUUCUUGUGGGUAAUUUGUAUUUGGAAUUCCUGGUUGCAUUGUUUUAUCUGGUGCUUCAUAUUGAUAUUUACACAUUUUUAUAUAAAUAAAUAUAUAAACUUCAAGCCUUCCUUUGUGAUCAGGGGCAGUUACACUCUGGUUUGCUGUGGUACUUUGCUGUGUACUCUGUGGCAUUCAUGUUACUGUGUAAAUAAAGUAGUUUUAUUACACUCAA